AUGGGUCAGAAUCCGAGUACAGAAAAGCAAGUUAUUAAGGGGCUGCCUACCGGUACCAAUCGUCUACUCGUUGCUGCCCACAAAUUAAAUUUAGAGGCGGUCAUCAAGCAGAUUAAAAAAGGCAACCAGAUUAACUCAAAAUCACCAACUGGCGCUUCGGUACUUCAUUUUGCAGCCGCCAACAAGACCCACGGAAGAGAAAUCGUUAAAUAUUUACUCUCCAAAAACCUGAACGGAAUCGGGCUGCACACUCAAGAUAACAAUGGAGCGGAACCGAUUCACUACGCCAUCCACGAGGGAUGUUUUCAAACAGCUAGUGACCUGCUAACGAUCCGAGGUGUGGACCCUGAGCUCCUGCAUUUCAGCGUGCAACAAAACCAGCUGGAAUUCGCUAAAAGACUUCACGAGUACUACGCUAACCUGAUCCACUCCCUGGACUCUUAUGGAAGGAAUGUCCUCCACGUGGCUGCACAAUUCGCCGACCUGAAGAUGUGUCAGUGGCUGAUCGGUAUUGGCUUGAGUGUCGACACCGUGGGCGUGUCCAAUGGCGACUCCGUUCUGCACUACGCUGCACGAAAUAAGGCGCACGGAUGGGAAAUAAUCCUCUUCUUGAACCGAUUUAUGUCCACCGAUUUGGAUAUAAAUGUACGGAACAAUUCCGAUGAAACUCCACUUCACGUAGCUCUAAAAGUCGAAAACAUCAGUGCCGCGAUAAAUAUUCACAGGCUUGAUGCGGACCUGGGAGUCAAACUGGACGGAGAGAACCUCCUGGAGUUCUGCGUGUCACGCAACGUGCUAUCGAGCGCACAAUUCAUCGUCCAAUAUGACAGAAAGAAUUACGACAACGGAACACGUGGAGAGAGAAACCUCUUACUCUUCGCUGCUGAGAAGGCUAGCGUGGAAAUGUACGAGUGGAUCGUCGUCCAACGCUUCAAAACUUCUGCUGCACGGGAUGACGCUAAACGCAACGCACUCCAUUACGCUGCUUUGAACGUGCGUCACGGCGCUCAGGCCAUCCACUACUUCGUUUUCCAAAAGGGACUAAAUGUCAAUCAGAAAGACUCUUCAGGUAAAACUCCCCUCUGCAUUGCACUGGAAGCUGGAAGCACCGACUGCGCCAUGCAACUGAUCCUUUCCGGGGCGAGUCUGCAGGUAAACGCUGGAAACAUUCUGCACCACUGCAUUCUUCACAAUAAGCUAGAGGGUGCGAAGUUCGUGCACGGAAGGUAUCCUUAUAUGAUCAACGAAAGCAAUGCUAAAGGAUUGACGGCUUUCAUAUCUGCAGUGGUGCAUGCAGAUGUUGAAAUGUGCCAGUGGCUGAUUAAUCAAGGCGCUGGAUUCCAACCUUCAGAUGCAAACGCUCUGCACUACGCUUCAUCGAACGAAACCUACGGAAAGGAAAUCGUGCCGUUCCUCAUUUCACAGGGAUGGAACGUGAACCGGGAGAACAAGUUCCAGGAAACGCCCCUUUACCGUGCUCUUAUUAUUGCUGAAAAUUACGAAAUGGCUAAAACGCUGAUGGAGUUCGGAGCCACCCUGGACACGCAGGUUGGAAACGAAAACAUUCUCGUCUCGUGCAUUCGACUGAAGAAAUUCGACUGCGCAGACUUCAUCCUGAAAAAUGACGAAAGCCUGAUCAACCGACUCGGAGCCAGAGGAGAAACAGCUUUGCAUGUGGCAGCGGAGAAGUACAACCAGUACACGUGCAUCUGGCUCCUCAAAAAGGGCGCCGAUGCGCGGGCCCUGAGCAGUCAGGGAUCGUCGGUUUUGCACUUUGCAGCCGCCAACAAGGUGGGAAAUAGCCUGAAGAACUUUUUACUGUUCACUUCUCUGGGUUUGGACGUGAACGAAAAGAACAAGCUGAACGAAACGCCUCUCCACGUGGCAAUCAUCAAGGGAAAUGAAGACGUCGUGCAGGAGCUGUGCAAAAUGGGUGCAGACCUGAGGGUGAAAAUCAACGGGGAGAACCUCCUGCACUUUUGUGCCCACCACAAGAGGCUGAAGAGCGCCAAACUGUUGGUUGCUAAGGAGAGGAAACUCCUCAAGGAAGUCGAUUCUUUCGGAAGAACGGCUCUUCACAUCGCGGCGUCGUCGAAAGACGCCGAGUUUUGCAAAUGGCUCAUUGAGGAAGGCGUCAACGUCAACGCUAUCAUUGGCAAGAAGAUGGGACAGACUUUGGGUCAUGAAAGUUUUCUUACGGAGAAGCCGCCUCGCAAAGGCAACCGCCUAUUCUUUGCUGCCCAUAGGUUAGAUUUAAACGCGGUCAUCAAGCAGGUCAUCAAGCAAAAAGGCAAACGGAUAAACGCAAUCUCGAAAGAUUCCGGCGCCACUUUACUUCAUUAUGCAGCCGCCAACAAGGUCCACGGAAGAGAAAUCGUUAAAUUUUUACUUUCGCAAAACCUGCAUGGAAUCAGGGUGCACGUUCAAGAUAAAAAUGGAGUGGAACCGAUUCACUACGCCAUCAUUGAAGGAAGUUUAAAGACAGCCGAAGACCUGCUGAAGAUCCGAGGCGUGGACGUUGAGCUUCUGCACUUCAGCGUGCAACAAAACCAGCUGGAAUUCGCAAAAUUGGUUCACGCGUACGACCACGACCUGAUCGAGUGCCCGGACGUUGAAGGAAGGAAUGCCCUCCACCUGGCUGCAGAGUUCGCGGACCUGAGGAUGUGUCAGUGGCUGAUCAGAAAAGGCUUGAGGGUCCACACGUUGUGCGAGUCGAGCGGCGAGUCCGUUUUGCACUUCGCUGCGAGAAAUAUUAAGCACGGAUGGGAAAUAAUCCUCUACUUCAAGCAUUUCGUCCCCGCCGAAUUGGACAUCAAUGAACUGAACCACAACGAUGAAACACCACUGCACGCAGCACUAAAAAUCGAAAAUCUCAGCGCCGCGAUGAAUAUUUACCGGCUGCAAGCAAACUACGGGGUGAGGCUCUACAGAGAAGACCUCCUGGAAUUCUGCAUGGAACACGAAAAACUAGCGAGCGCGGAUUUCGUCCUGAAACUCGACAGACAGCACGAUGCUGGAAUGCAUCAAAGGAAAAAGAAGAAAUCCCGUCCUGCUGAGAAGGCAAAGGUUGUGGUGAAAAAGAGUGAGUGGAGCUCUGACGAUGAGCAACGCCCAGAAAGUCCUCCGAAAAGACGUGUCGAGGAAAUUCGCAAGAAGCCAGUUGCUGCCCCCGCAGUAAAGAGGUUUGAUGCCAAUCAACUUGUACAUGAAGUACACAAAUCAGAACUGUUUCAAAAAAUGCGAGAGAUGUGCAAAUAA